AUGGCAUAUCUUCGCGUUCUAGCUUCUUUGGCCAUCUUCUUCCAUGUCGUGUUGGCGGACUGCGAGUGUGGAUAUUCGAUAACAUCAACCUCUGGUGAAAGGCAGUACGUUUUUACCGAUCUAUUAGAAAACGACUUCAUCCACUUAGACCUCACGAGCGAUUCCCAAAGCUACGGAGAGUAUGGAUGGGCACCACAGGAAUUCAAUAUGUCCAGCGAAGUUGCGCGAGGCCGCUACGGCGAGGCGUUUACUCCACAAAAUGUAAUAUCAAACAAUAUUGCUGAAGAGCAGACCUUUGAGGGGCCUGGGUCCAAGGGGGGUGAUGCUGGCCUGAAUCUUGUGGUCAGAAGUGAGGUCCAAAAUGGUAUGGUAACCGGCGCCGACAUAUCAACGACAGACGUUCAUUUUUUCCACGGCACGUUCAGGGCAGGUAUCAAAGUCACUGAUGUUCCGGGAACAUGUAGUGCUUUCUUCUGGUACAUGAACGAUACCCAAGAGAUUGAUAUAGAGUUUUUGUCAUCAGAAUUCAACAGAACCAACAGCACAUUCCCGGUAAACCUCGUACUGCAGUCUCAAGAGUCAAAAGACGCUGGGUUUGACGCCUCGAAGACUAGGGACUUCCAGAAGAUCAACUUACCGUUUGAUCCUACAACUGCAUUCCACGAGUAUCGAAUAGAUUUCCUGUCAGAUCGAGUAAUAUUCUACGCAGACGACGAACUGCUCACAGAGAUGAACGGAACAGGAGUGCCCUCCACUCCAGGCAACCUGCAACUAUCGCACUGGAGCAACGGCAACAUGGGGUGGUCGCAAGGCCCACCGGGGACGGACGCUACCACCACCGUCACCUACGUCAAGGCAUAUUUCAACUCAUCGUUGGAAUCGAGACAGCACGACUACCAGACGCGAUGCAAGGACCCCUCGGCCCCGAACGCGAUUUGCGCUAUUCCUAGACAUAACGCUACUUUCUUCUUCAGCAACGUCGAUAAUAUGACGCCUAAUCAGACGACGUACCACAAUAAUGGCGGUGGGCGGACGAGAUGGUGCCGGCGGCUGUUUACGUUUAUUGUGGCGCUUGUGAUUGGUACCUGGGUGGCAUAA